CUUCUUCAUACCAGGCGCAGUGCCUUUCGGCUUCACGAUACACCCCCGCUACCCUCGGCGUCACAUCACACACAACUGCCUCUGUGAAUCGCUGUGCUCGCCGCCAUGGCCGACAUCUCGGCCAAGAUCCAGGAUGCGGCCGCCAGAAACAGCGACCUGCUGCGCACACUCGCCGAGACGGACCACGCGCCGCCGGACCUCGAGCAGCACCGGCGGUUCCUCGACGAGCUGAGCGCGCAGCUGCGGGCAUCCGACUCGCGGCUCAAGGCCCUCAACGGGCGGCGCGAGCUGGGGCUCAAGGAGCACCAAAAGUACCGCGACAGCUCGGUGCGGCGGUUCGUGUACAAGGCGGCGGGCAAGAAGGACCGGUUCGCGGAAAAGGCGGACCGGGGCGAGCGCGAGUACUUCGAGGUGCUGCAGCGGGCGCACCAGGAGGACAAGAUCAACGGGGGGCUCCGGGCGCAGGUGGAGGAGGCGCGGCAGGCCGGGCGGUCGCUGGAGACGACGGCGGCCCGCAACCGCGAGGCGCAGCGGCAGCUCGACGAGCUGUACCACGCCAUCUUCGCGGGGCCGACGCCUGACUUCCCGGACGAGGACGCGGCGGAGCAGCGGUGCGAGGCGCUCGUGCGGCGGUACCGGGCGGCGCGGGCGGCGUGCGAGGCCGAGGCCGAGGCGGCGCGGCUGCUGGCGAGCGGCGACGCGCUCAUGAUGCAGGCGCUGCAGCACAUUGGCGACGCCCUGAGCUACUCGCGCGUCGACAUGUUUGGCGGCGGGGGGUUCGCCGACGUGCUGGAGCGCAACGCCCUGGCCGACGCCGACCGGCUGCUCAUGAUGGCGCGGCUGCAGGCCUCGCGCGCGCAGAGGGCGAGCCCCCAGGUCAAGACCCUGCCCGGCGUCAACAUCAACCACGGGCACAUCUUUGCCGACGUCUUCUUCGACAACAUCUUUACCGACAUGGCCUUUCACCGCGAGAUUGAGCGCGGGCGCGCCGAGAUGAUGCGCUGCGCCACCGCCCUGCGCGAGGAGCUGGACGCCGCCGCCGCGCGGAAGGGUCGCUUCGCCGCCGAGGUGGCCCGGCGCGAGGCCGAGCUCAAGGCCGGCCGCAUUGCCCUGCAGGAGGAGCGGCAGCGCGUCUUUGACGGCGUGACCUCGCUGCCGCCACCGCCCGACGAGGGGCCGCCCAUUUCCUACGAGGAGGCCGUCCGGGAGGGGCCGUCGACCACCACCGCCCCUACCGCCCCUGCCACUGCAACUGCCACUGCCACUGCCGAGGCCGAGGCCGUGCCGGAGCAGGUUGUCGUCGCCGGAAAGGCGGAGGCGUCGUCCGGGGCAGAGGCGGAGGGGAGCAGGCCUGCAGGCCGGCCGGCGAACGGCCCGACGAGGGAGUGGUGGGAGUGA